AUUAGAGCCAGUGAGCAUAGUGGUGCAGGGGUAAGCGAAGUUUACGAGCCUGCUGUGUGGUGGUUCAAUGCUUUGAAGUUUUCGAAGGACUACGUGACACCGAGGAAAACAGUGACAAAUAUCCCAAGCCGUAUGAUACCACAGUCACCCUCAUCAAAUCCAUGUAGCACGACCACUGUCAAUGACCCUUGUAAUACUGAGGUGACCACAGUUACUGAAGAGACCAUAGUAAAUGAGGGAUAUAUUGAAGAUGACAGCAGCAACUACUCUCAAGACAUAUUUACUGUGGAAUUGUCAGACGGAAGUAAACCUGUGUCAACACCAUCACCUCUAAGUGAGCAGCCUUAUGCUUCAGCCAGAAAGAGGCGUAGGAAGGACACUGAGGAUGAAUUAGCCACCUCAACAUUGUCAGUCUUAAGAGACAUUAGAGUUUCAAUUAGUGGCAGUAAUGAAGAUGACAAGUUUGGUCAGUAUGUUGCUGCUGAAUUGAAGAAAUUGGAAAAUCCAGCAAUUAAGGCUGACGUGAAAUUGAAUGUCAUGAAAUGUAUCAUGGAUGGCAUACAUAAAGAAAUCUGUAACUGA